UACUUCCGGUGUGUGCAAGUGGAAGGUUUAUCUUCACCGCACCCAACGUUCUUCCCCCCCCCUCACCCACAUUGUCUCCUCCGCACGGACUGGCUGCCAAGAGUCAUGACUGCCCCAGUCCCCACAGAGGGUGUCACACUUCCAAACAAUAGCAGCAAGACAAUUCUGGUGCGCCAUCUUCCAGCUGAUUUAACACGAAAUGAGAAGGUGGAUUUGCUGAAGUAUUUUGGAGCAGUGUCUGUGCGAGUUUUAUCCGACAAAGGAAGACUGAAACAUACAGCUUUUGCUACUUUCCCGUCAAUUCAUGCAGCAGCAAAGGCCCUGACCAGACUGCAUCAGUUAAGAUUUCUGGGACACACUUUGGUGGUGGAAUAUGCGAAGGAACAAGAGCACAUUGAGCUACUGGAGCCAGCUACUGAAAACAAACCUGAUGGUACAGAAAAAACUUCAGAUGAUAAAGAUAAGAAGCAGGAUCUGAAACCAAGAGUUCCGGUUAUUGAGGAUGUGAUUGCCAAGAGCCACGGGUUGACCUAUCCUAUGAACCCAUGCCUGAAGUAUCUGUAUCCACCACCAACCAGUGUCAUUCUGGCCAACAUUGCAAAUGCCAUGGCGAGUGUACCCAAGUUCUAUGUGCAGGUUCUACACCUGAUGAACAAGAUGAAUCUGCCUGCUCCCUUCGGACCCAUCACAACCCGCCCUCCAAUGUACGAGGAGUACGUUCCUGCCCCCCCACCAAUGCCCCCACUGCCCCCAGAGGAGCCACCACUGCCCGAAGAAGAGAUGGAUGUUUCAAGUGAGGAAGAAUCGGAGUAUGAAAGUGGAAGUGAAGAGGAUAAAGAAAGAAUGGUGCGAUUGAUGGGCUUGGCCUCUCUUCCACCAAAACAGACGCAGAAGAGAAAGCGGGCAUCAGUCCGAAAACGACCAAGAUUAAAGGACCUGAUUAACAUGCCAAAAGCACCUACCCAGAGCUCGCAUCCUGUGGUUCCACCAUCUGAAGUCUUUGACCAGCCGCAGCCUCACAGUCAAAAGAAAAUUGAAUUCCACUUCUCUGUCGAUGCUAGCAGUUUGUUGGAGGGAGGAAGUGAUCGUCGACCAGAGCCGCAACAGAAUUCUGAACCUCAAAACUCAGGAUUUGGGAAAAUCCAACCAGCUCCUGUUUGUUCAAAAAGUGAAAGUGAGGAGGAGGAAGAGGAAGAAAUUCCCUCCGAGUUCAUUUCCAGGAAAGAGUUGGCAAAAGGAAGGCUAUCAAGGGAUGAAAUGGAGACCGUUUCAUUGUUUAAGAAUUACAACCCAGGUGAACCAACCUGUCGCCUUUAUGUAAAGAAUCUUUCAAAACAGGUCGAAGAGAAGGAUUUGAAGUUCAUCUUUGGCAGAUACGUUGAUUUCUCAUCGCAAACUGAGAGGAACAUGUUUGACAUUCGAUUGAUGAAAGAAGGGAGAAUGAAGGGGCAAGCCUUCGUUGGGCUUCCUAAUGAGAGAGCUGCAGCCAAAGCUCUCAAGGAAGUCAAUGGGUUUCAGCUCAAAGAGAAACCAAUGGUGGUUCAAUUUGCCCGCUCUGCACGGCCAAAGCAAGAUUCAGCAGAAGGCAAGAGAGGCCAAGGGAAGUGAAAAUCAGAGGGUUGCAUGGUCCAUAUCAUCUGAUCUUUUUGAUACUGGGGAAAAAGAACCAAAGAACCGCAGAUGCUGGAAAUCCGAAACAAAAACCGAAAUUGCUAGAGAAACUCAGCAGGUCUGGCAG